GAGGGAUCGAGAGGGCGCGGCUUGUUUCAGACGCUUUUCGACCGGUGAACGACGACGAUCAUGUCGCUUAAGUUUGCCUACCUGACAACGAUCUGCCUGCUGUUACUUGCCGUGACUGCAAAAGCACAAGAUGACGAAGGAAGCGAUGGAAUCGACGCAAAUGCAGAAGAACUAUGCCAGGAUAGACCUGGAGAUGAAUAUUUUCGACUAAGUACAGAAGGAGAUUGUCGUGAUGUUGUGAGGUGUGACAAAGCGACGGAGAUUGGUGUGACGAGGCUUGCGACAGUCAAGUGUCCGACUGGCCUGGCCUUCGACAUCGAGCGCCAAACCUGCGACUGGAAGACCAAUGUGAAGAACUGCGAGCAGCUCGAGAAGCCGCGUAAAGUCCUGCCAAUCUUAAAAACUGAUGAACCAGUCUGCCCUGAAGGCAAAUUAUCCUGUGGUAAUGGUGAGUGUGUCGAUAAAGAAUUAUUCUGCAAUGGCAAACCAGACUGCAAGGACGAGUCCGAUGAAAAUGCCUGCACCGUAGAAACAGAUCCGAAUCGCGCACCCGAUUGCGACCCAACUCAAUGCGUUUUACCCGACUGCCAUUGCUCCGCCGAUGGCACCCGAAUACCAGGCGGCCUUGAGCCCCAACAAGUGCCGCAAAUGAUUACAAUCACCUUCAAUGGCGCCGUUAAUAUCGAUAACAUUGACCUAUAUGACGAAGUGUUCAAUGGCCACCGUAUGAAUCCCAAUGGCUGUCAAAUUCGUGGAACAUUCUUCGUCUCGCACAAGUACACGAAUUAUUCGGCAGUGCAGGAUUUACACAGGCGGGGUCACGAAAUUGCUGUAUUUUCGCUCACGCACAAAGACGAUCCACAGUACUGGACGCUUGGCUCGUACGACGAUUGGUUGGCUGAGAUGGCCGGAGCCCGUUUGAUCGUCGAGCGUUUCGCUAAUAUCACCGACAGCUCUAUAAUCGGAGUCCGAGCCCCAUAUUUACGAGUGGGAGGUAACAAGCAAUUUGAAAUGAUGGCCGAUCAAUUCUUUAAUUACGAUGCAUCCAUCACCGCCUCCUUGGGCCGCGUACCUAUUUGGCCCUACACCUUAUACUUCCGUAUGCCGCACAAGUGCAACGGUAACAGUGGAAACUGUCCGUCCAGAUCUCACCCAGUUUGGGAAAUCGUGAUGAACGAACUUGACCGCCGAGACGAUCCGACAUUCGAUGAAUCUCUACCCGGUUGUCACAUGGUUGACUCAUGCUCGAAUAUUCAGACUGGUGAGCAGUUUGCUAGGUUGCUAAGACACAACUUCAAUCGUCAUCUUAACACCAACCGAGCUCCCCUCGGCCUACACUUCCACGCCUCGUGGUUGAAGAGCAAGAAAGAAUUCAAAGAGGAGCUCAUUAAAUUUAUCGAAGAAAUGCUUCAGCGUACCGAUACCUACUUCGUCACCAUGGUGCAGGUACUCAAGUGGAUGCAAGAGCCAACCGAGGUUCCGGGGCUUCGUGAUUUCGAUGCCUGGAAAGAAAAAUGCGAUGAGAAGGGACAACCCUACUGCUCCCUGCCCAAUGCCUGUCCACUCACCACUCGGGAGUUACCUGGCGAGACUCUACGUCUAUUCACCUGUAUGGAGUGCCCCAAUAACUACCCCUGGCUACUCGAUCCUACAGGAGAUGGCUUUUCCGUUAAGAAGUGAUCCGCUCAAGUUCAAGAAAAAAAUCAUUUCGACGUCGCCCAUUCUGAUACACUGUCGCUAUACCAUUACAUCGUCGUGUGACUUGCACGAUUUUCUUUCUUUUUUUUUUUUUUUUUUGUUUUUUGCCUCUCCAUAAUUAUUUUAUUUUGCUAAAUGACAGUAUCGAAAAUCAUAUCAUAUUAACUGUCAAUAGAAAUAUUUCACCGUAUUAAUAUUGAUUCUCGAUUUGGAGAUGAAUUCCUUACAAUAGUCCCUGUUUCAUUAAAUUGUAAAUAUUCAAAUUUUAUGAGAUUUUAAGGAAAUUUUAAUAACACAAAAAUUGUUGUA